AUGCCCGACCAAACCCCUCACCCUUCGCUUGAGACACUCACAGAGUCGCUCAUUCUCGCCAUACUACCAGACCUAGAACCUCCGUCAUCCCCGUACUGCAAGCGAGUACAUGACACACUUCUUUCCCGAACCCUAUCCCAGAUCAACUCUGACAAUCUAGGAGGUGCUCGGAAAGAAUGGCCGGAGGUGUCGCAGUCUCUGCGCGGCUUGGCUGAGGCCGCGAGGAUCCGUGUUCAUGAGGACUUGGCAGACGGAUAUGAAAAGGCUGUGAAUGACUUGCAGGGGCGUUUCAGACAGUUUAGGCAAGGAUGGGAAGAGGACGCUCCGGUGCGGAUGGAAAAUCUCCCUCAACAUAUACAUCUCUUGCUCGCACUCUCUGAAAAACCCACUACCCUCACUCUGGAUUUUGCGCAUCAAUAUAUCCACCGUACACCUGUCACUGGACCUACACCAGAUCAGCUCUAUUAUCAGCGGAUCAUGGACGAGAAUCCCUAUGAUCCAGGAGAGUCGUAUGACGAAGAAGUCAUCCAUGGGUGGACAGAUUCAGACUCAGAUCAAUCGCUUCAAUCGCUUUCAGACGCCGAGGAUAGUCCCCGGGAGGAAGAAAUCCGUACCCCGAGUAGCUCGGCCUCGAAGACACAAAAGAAGAAGAACGAGGAGGCAAGUUCAGACGACGCACAGGAGGCAUACGCGAGAGCAAGGAAUAUUGUACGGGAACUCAAGCAUGGCUAUUGGUCGAACCAAGAGUCAGUGCAAAAGAUGCCUCAAGGGAUCCACGGUUGGAGACAACUGUGUACAGCUACGAAUGCGGCUUCGAUAUCUGCAUCUAUAGAUCUUCCUGCUAGCGGCAAGGUAUGUGCUUGUCAGGUGUACGCAGCGGUAUCUGACUGCCAACAGCUCAUAAAACCCAGCCAACUACAGAGAGAACUUAUUUAUGCUCUAUCAGGUCGACCUGGUAUUGUGCUCAACUUUGAUGCGCAGGGUGAAUGCCAAGUCAUUGCAGGUCACCCACAGGUCCUGAUGUUGACUCCUGGUGGUCUCUCGGGCAUCCUCAAUACAUUUCGGCAACAUGCUACUCAAGCUUCAAGAAUACGUCUCUUCAUAUCUCGGUCAUUGAUGCCCGGGAUCAGUGAAAGUCAAGUCAGCAAGACCCAGCAGGCGUUUGCUGAGGCGAGCCGGGAUAUCAUGGAAGGGUUUGCGUCCUGGUUGGCCGACCUUGAGACUGCCUUUACGAAAGGCGUCCCAGAAAUCAGCGGCCUUCCAUCGACAGCUGCAACGCCCCUACGGCUUCAACGCGACCUGGAAAGACUCUACGGGUCCCUCCUACAGCACCUGUCGGCAUUCCUACCCCAUUCACAUUCCCCGACACUCCUCUUGAAUCUCAUGUAUACUACCAUCACCAACCUACAACAGACCAACGACACGAAACACCUACCAGCACUCCGCAGACUAUUCCUUCGCUCGGCGGAGCCUUCUUGGCAAAUGAUAGGGAGAUGGCUACAGCAUGGAAUGCCUGUGCCCCUUGCCCUGGCCGAUCCAGAACAAGUCGCUCUGUCGACCUUGUCCCUUGAUGACGGCGAAAGAAAGCUUGAUCCGGAAUUUUUCAUCGAGCGUGACCGGGAUGUCUCCUGGGCUGAUGAAGAUUUCUGGGAGUGUGGUUUCGUCGUUGGUGAUGAGGGAUGGCCAGCGUGGAUCGGGGAUGAAACGGGAGAGAUGCUUUUGGAAGCUGGAAAAGCUCGAGGGCUGUUGAAGACUCUGAGUGACAGCCGAGAUAUGACAACGGCAGACCAGUGGCUAUCUUUUGAGGAAGUUCUUUCGCUACCAGACGGGAAAGCCUCGGAUGAGAAAGACGUAGACAUUCUGGGAAAGAUAGGUGAGUAUCUCCAACCCACAUGUGAGCUCGCACGGCUGCAUUUGAGAAGGGUGUUGGACGAAGAUUGCGGUCUUGAAUUGCACUUGGAAGCAAUCGAAGGAGUUUUUUUUGCCAAAGCGGUGGAUGUUCUCCAUGAUUGGACGGAUGUCUUGUUCCAAAAGGUUCAUCAAGGUGAAACAUGGACCGACUUCCAGGUGCUUACCAGCUCUAUGCGUACCGCCAUUGAGGACCGCAAAGCCAGUUGGCUGAACCCAAUGGCCAUACGGAUUACGACCGCCCGGUCCCAAGGCGUGUACCGAGGUCCUAGAGCCAUCGAGUCUCUUCGUGCAGACUACUUUGUACCAUUUCCCCUCUCUCAACUCUUCACUCCCACGUCCAUCGGCCUCCGCUCAGAAGUCUUUACCUUCAUACUACAAUUAUCGAUGGGGAGAUGGUCUCUUGUCCAGACUCAACAGCUUGACAGAGACAUUGUAUCCACUAGGCUGGCGGGUGGCAGUGAUCAGGACGCGCGGGCUUUGUGGUCUAUGCGCCAAAAGAUCGCUUGGUUCCUCAAUACACUAUACGCUUGGGUCACGGAACAUGUCAUUGAGGGCCAAUCGGUGGGGUACAGAGCUCGACUUGAAGAGAUGACGUCUUUGAAGUCAAUGGUCGCUUUGGAGCUUGAACAUGUCAGAAAGGUCAGGGAUUACUGCUUCCUCAAUCCAGCAUCUGCCGAUCUUCUGGAGGCGAUCCAGACCGUUCUCGAACUAUCCACAUCUUUAUCCGAUUGCUUUGCAUCAUACACCCUACAGAAAACUCCCCGCUCGACCCCUCAGAAUGUCACAAAGAGGCGACGAGCAAGGCCCAUGCAGAGGGAUGCAUCCUCGGACGAAGAGGAUCACUUCCAGAGUGUUGAUGGAGACGGCAACCGCGUUGGAGAGAUACCUCUGACAGAGGGCAGUAUUGCGAUGAGACUAAGACGAAUGAGUGGGGAGAUAGAGCAGUGCGUGAACGCUCUGAAGGAGGGCGUUGAGCGACUGAGCAUAGAGAGAGAAGGAGACGUAUGGUCGAUACUGAGCUUUGGACUGGAUAGUUGGAAGGCAAGUUCUGUCGAGUAA